CGUGGCGUGAGGAGGAAGCGGAUAGCUGCUGCGUCUCAUAAGUGGUGCCGAGAAGACAGUGCGUUUGUGUUAGUGUGCGUGUGUGUGUGUGUGUUUGUGUGUCAGGUGUUUACGCCGACGUGGAAAACAUGGAGGAAGAGAAGGUCCUGCCCGUCAUCGACCUGAGCCUGGCCAAGGGUCACACGCGGGCCGGCCUGGUGAAGGAGCUGCACGAGGCGCUCACCACCGUGGGCUUCAUCUACCUCAAGAACGUGGACGGCUACGACGAGGAGGCGCUGCUGCGACACUCCAAGUGGUUCUUCAGGUGUCGAGGCGGGGGGUUGUGUCUGUGUGGGUCUCCUUCUUUUUCUUCUUCUUCUUCUUUAUCUUCCUUACGAGCAUAUUAUUUAUCCUAUUUUCUCUCCUGUACCUUAAUUCUGUUUUUUUUUUCUCUUCCUCCUUUCCACUUUUUCUCCUUUCGUUUGUCCUUUCCUUUCCUUCCCUCGCCCUUCAUCCUCUCUUUUCUUUCCCGUUCCUUUCAUCCCAGCAUCAUCAUCUUCUUCCUCUUCUUCUUCUUCUUCUUUUUCUUCUUCUUCUUUUUCUUUUUCUCUUUCUUCUUCUUCUUCUUCUUCUUCUUCUCCUUCUUCUUCUUCUUCUUCUUCUUCUUCGUGGUUCCCUAUCUGUCUUCGUCUUCUUUUUUGUCGUUUUUCAUGCGUGGGUCUAUUUUUGUUUUCGUCUUCUUUGUCCUCCUUCGUGUGGGUCUCCGCGUCUCUUCGUAUUUGUAUUUCUUUGUCCCUAAUCCAUGUUUAUCGUUCUGGGUCUCCGUUCCUUUGUAUUCGUCGCUAUUCCGUGUCUUUAUCGUUGUCCCUGCUUCUCCACUUGACUCUGUGGAUCUUUAUUUGAGACUACCCGUUGAAAUGCCCGCAACUCCUACGAAAGCUUUGUCAAAUGUGUGUGUGGUCUUGGACAUCGAAGUGUUUGAGAUCGGUGGGUCUGUUCACGCGUCUCGGAAUCAACGUUACCCGAUUGUCGUACUCAGUCUCUCAUAUUCCCCGAUUUCAACCACAAAAGCUGCCUCAUGUGCCCCAAUAACUGGCUUUUUGUGUUGUUAUCGUUGAAAAGGUUAAUUAUUCUUGUUUCCUGGUGAUAUUUAAAGGGU